GGCAUUAUGUUGGUGUAUGACAUCACCAGCGAGAAGUCGUUCGAGAACAUUAAGAACUGGAUACGCAAUAUUGAGGAGCAUGCAUCGUCUGACGUAGAGAAGAUGAUCCUGGGAAAUAAAUGUGACAUGAACGAACGAAGGCAGGUGUCCAAGGAGAGAGGAGAGAAACUGGCAAUUGAUUACGGAAUCAAGUUUUUGGAAACGAGUGCUAAAACCAGCAUAAAUGUUGAAGAGGCCUUCUUCACCCUCGCCAGAGACAUUAUGGCUCGACUCAACAGAAAAAUGAAUGAUGGCAGUCAAGCGGACGGCGGUGGGCCGGUGAAGAUUUCAGAGAAGCGCUCCAAAAAGCACAGCAUCUUCAAGUGUGCUCUGCUGUAAGAGUCUCGCAGCGAGGAGAUUCGCUCUGCCGCAGCCAGAAACUCUCCUGCUGGUGUAACAAAUCACAGCAGCCCUGCAAAAGAGCCACAAAAUCAGGCUCAAGAACGUGCCAAGGCUCGCGUUUCCAAGCCCUUAACGUCAAGACGAAACCGAGGAGUGAUACCGUUUCACUUGGCAGAGUCACAAUAGGAGACGAUUCCUUUGUUGUGUGUUGAUUGUGUCGACAGAUGAUGGAUCGAAUAUGGUUUUGAUGUUUCUUUUUCUAAAUAUUCUAUAUGGGCACAGCACAUGCAGUCCUAAAACAUUUGCUGCUGAAGGCUUCGAUGUAUCGCAUACAGUGUUUCUGAAUUAGUUUGUGUGUUUUAUGGCCUUUUAUACACUGUGUUACUGCACCGGUUCAGAAAUGUAAGAUAUAAUGUGUAACAUGAAGAAUGGCAGUGAGUUAAAAGCACUUUACAUGUCAUUCAGACUCCCGUUUUUCCUGGGAGUCUCCCGUAUUUCAGACCCAUCUCCCGCCUCCCUCCCGUUUUUGUUAUUUCUCCUGGAAAGCUGCUGUAAUUUCAACCAUCCUCAGCAUUUUGGUAUGGUCUGUGAAACCAUUGGGUCGCCAACAUUGUUAUAGGAUCCAAUCACAACGGCUGCCGCAGUACCCGGUUCUCAACAGUGUUAUUCAGACACCUCACACCUAAACCUAACUCCCCCAGUCUCCCGGAUUUUCAGGGACAGAUGUUGGCAGGUAUGUCAUGAUGGUCAGGUUUCAAAAGGGAACAACACAAAAAUCACAGUCACCCAAAGACAUUUGGUCAGACUGCACGUCUUGAUUUUGCCAAGUACAAUGCGAUCCUGGAUUAACAUCUAUGUUGUUCCUGAAACGGGCAUCGCUACAGGCCCUAUGACCGAUACGGGCCCUAUGACAACAUUCUGAUCUGGGCUGUCGUGGACUAAAGUGAAGAGCGGGGGUGGGAUGAGAGGUUGAGGUAUAAAUCAACCUUAGUAACUCUGGUAGCUCCAAAAUGGUGUGGGCUCUUAAAAUAGUCAUAACUUUCAUUUUUGUUCGAAAAUAUAAUACAUACUUAUCCCCCACCCUUAAACCCAACCAUAACUGUAAAUCAUUCCCAAAAUCAGAGGUGAAUAACUGUUGGAUAGCACUUAUGAAGAAGUGCAUAAACCGAACCGUAGGCCUAAACUUAACAUCAACGGUAAGUGUAACACUUAAUUCUGAUUGGCCGAUUUGAAUGCUGUUCCAGAAUCAACAUAGAUGUUAAUCCAGGAACAUGUCCUACUUGGUGAAAUCAGGUUGGCGGUGCCGAACUUAAGAACCAACCAUAUUAAAGGGGUAGUUCACGCAAAGAAAGGAAAUUUGGUGUUAAUUUUGUGACCUUUACGUCACUUUAAUAAUUUCAUUAUUUGUUUACAACAAUUUUUUUAAGCUAAAAUCAUAAUUCUUGGUGAUUUUUAUCAAAUUUGAGUAAAAAAAAAAAACAGCCUGAUCUCACAAGGAAACGUAAGUAUUUUACGUUUUGUCAGUUUAGUGGCUAAUUUGUACAGUCGUAUG